AUGGUACCAGUAGGAUUUGGCUUGGUCACUCCUCUAACGUGGAGCGGAAGGCUGUUUCUCAUUAUCUACGCUGUCGUUGGUAUUCCUCUGGCACUCGUUACAAUAUCCGACAUUGGUAAAUUUUUUUGUGAUGCGGCAUUCAAAUUUUUUCGAGAGGUUAGUUCUAUGUUAUUGUUGCUUUCUGUGGCUAGAUCGAUUCCCUGUUUUAUGGCGGCACUUGUUAUUAUGCUGUUGCUGUAUCCAAUCGUUGGAGGUGUUUGUAUUCAUAAUGUCUCACAACUUUCACUUUUUGAUAGUGUUUAUUACUGCUGUAUUACAAUUCUAACCGUUGGCUUUGUGGAUGUAGUGGCGGCUAACAUUAUUCACCAUGUCCACUACAUGGGAAGACAAAUGGGAAAAGCGACGGCUAUCGCUGAAAAAAUGGUGCUGGUGAGACUGCACGCUUAA